AUUUUCAGCGAUUUUUUUCAAAGGCAGAUAAUGUUAAGUUCAAUGCUGUGGACUUGUUCAGCAACACGUCGGACGGGUCUUACUUAUGAAGAAGCACUGGAGUCAGAGCGAACUGCAAUGGAAGCUUUAGAGACCAUUCCUGAUUUUUUUGGGGCUCCAGUACUAUAUUUAGUUCAUGCUUUAUCCCAUCGCGGUCGUCUCGAUGAUCUCGUUAAUGAUGUUUAUUCAUUUUUAAAAGAUAGGUACUUUGUGGGUGAAAAAUGUACUUACACUGGUGAAAGAAGAAAGAAGACGGUUCGCAUUAUGAGUGUGUCGUUUAAAGGAGCAGACUUCACAAUUUUUGCCGGUGAUUUGGAAGCUGACUCUGUGAGGGGUGAAGAUGAGACGAGAAAAAUUGAACUUUUAAGAAUAGGCGCUGCGGAAGACUAUACCUAUACAGUACAGAUAAUAGAGGAGGACGGGUCAGAAGAUGAUAAUGGGGUGCGAGAGGGAGUUGUGUACAGUCAACUGUCACGGCCGAAAUCGAUAGCGUCGAGGGCUAAACUCAAACUUUUCCUCAAAAACUCUUGUGAUAUGAUGUCUAGAAGACAAGACGUCAAGGAGGCUUUAGUAAAGGACUACGGAUUGGAUAUGUUAACCUGGAACGAAGUUUUUGGUGGUCCUGUGGCUCAGUUUCCACACACACCAAUGUUACAGCGUGGUCGCUCAAAAGGAACGCUACACGUUCAUACAUCUGAACAAGAGAGGCAGUGCACAUCAGUAAAAGAUCUCGGUUUAGUCAGUGGAGAUGUAAUUUCCCUAGACAAGAAGAAUCGUGGGCGCCCAAGAACUUUUUGUGGAGGCGAGAAGCGUCCAGCUCAAGAACUUAGAGGAACACCAAUAAUUGAGAAACAGCAGUUCGAGCUCCAAAUAAUGUUCCAACAAGCACGCAGUGCUGGAAUGGAAGAUCUUUCGAGUUGGGAGCAGAGUGAAAAAUUGCUUUCAGAAGAGGAGAUUGGUGAUUUGAAAUCUGCAAUACGUGUUGCUAAGGAGGAGAAAAGAAGAAAGGAAAAAGAAGCAAAGCAGCGUAAACGCGAAUUGUACGUUGAGUGGAAAAAACCAAGAGACGACCUUUUAUGUGAUGAUUUAAAGGUUCUUACUCGUAUCUUACCUUUACCGAAGCUAAAGAAGCUAAUAUUACCGGAGUGGUUGAAUGAGAAGGAUUUUGGUGAUUAUCUUCUUAUUUAUCAGUUUUUCCAAAGUUACGCGGAACUUCUGCCUAUUCAGGAAGUGCGCGGGGCGUCGGAUGUGACUUUUGUAGAUGUUAUUACCGCUGUCAGAAGUCGAGAUCCAUCUUCUGCUUGUUUUGUAGAACUUAUGCAUGUUCUUUUACUAGCGAAAGCUGAAAGAGCAGAUGAAGAAGAUGGGGAUGAAGGCGUGCUUUUUGUAGUCGAUUUGAGCAACAAGGAGGAACUUCCUGUUGACGCUAAUAAUGACUUAGAAAAUAAAGUUCAUGGGAGCCGUCUGCGAUGGGUGACAAGGUUCCAUGAAAGAAUACGUUCUACUCAUGGUACGCUUCGUAAUUCUAUAGGAUUUCUUCCUUCAGCUCUUUUCAGAAGCUUAUCAUUUUUAAUCAACCAUUAUUCUCUUGGCUCUUUGCUGGAACUUUUUUAUUUUAAAGGGAAUAUAAAAGUAUUUAUUUUUUGUAUGAGUGCACGUCAUCUGCCGAUUGACUGGAUGACAAUGACCGAAGUGCUCCGUCUCUCAUUGCUUUCUUCCGGUUAUUUUACCGGUAUAGGUACUCAUCGUUUUCGUCUGUUUAGUAGAGGUGGGAUUCGUUGUUUUGAGGAUGAAGGUUAUAUAUUUGUUAUGAAUAAUCCGAGGACAAUGCAGAAGCUUGCGCAGGGCACUGUUUUUGAUCUCCUUCCUGAGGAACGACUCGCGUUACUUCAAGUUCUUAUACAUCAGCUUAUGAGUUACCAUAAGUUCCGGUCGUUGUCUGAGGAACGAAUUUCGGCCAUUGCUGAACUGCGGCGAGAUUUAAAAGCAUUGCGUGCCUGGGAUGCAUCUCAGGAGAAGAAAGCGAAAGAAGCACGUUUGAUCUUGGAAUUCGUAGCGGAGCAAGUAGAGGAAAACGGGGAAGCGAUUAGAAGUGAAUUGACAAAACGACCCAAUCCAUCAAAGUCUACCAAUUUCUUGCUGAGCUACUUAACAGUAUCUAAAGAUUCAGUUGCAAGCAGACGUGAGGAAGAAGCAGUAAAGGUUGUUUCAAAAUGUUUUGUGAAACUUUUUGGGUUAUGUUAUUAUGGUGCUUUACACAAAACACGCAUACUUUUGGACGGGGUUGCCUACGAAGAAUUGAAAAAUGUUGAAGAAAUAGAAGCAAUACGUGGUCUACAGAAAGAGCACUAUUCGGCAAAAGAAUGCUCCCUUCUUAGCAAAGUUUACGACUUGCAAUGUCAAAUGGGCUACAAUCAGUUGGGCAGAGAUCGGGCGUUUCGCAUUUACUGGGUUGUUGAUUCAUUAUCUUUACUUCUUGUUGAGGACCAGUUCGCCGAAAAUGAGAAUAUUCCUUCUUGUGAAACUCCUACUCCACUUGACAAGGUUGAUGAUGGGAUAUACAGCAAGAUUUCCACAGAUGAGGAAUUGCGUAGUAUGCUUUUAUCCUGUACGGCAUCCGAUGGUUGUCCUGUUCAUUGCAAACGUCCCAGAAUUCGCUGGUCUUUCGUCGACACCUUGGAAACUUUGGAAUCGCUAAUUGACGCUUGUAACCUAAGGGGUUAUCGAGAGCUAGAACUUGUGGAGAACUUGAAGUUCCUGAAAAGUCGUUUAAGCAAUCUCGUUUCUAGAUCAGCCAAAAAGCAUUGUUCUGGUGAGCUGUGUAAAGGUUUGAUGAUUUCGCCAAACGACCCGGCAUCUGUUGUUAGCACCUUUGAUUGGCGACAAGAGUUUAUUGAAAUGUUGCUCGAUUUUGAAGAAAAGAUGGAACAAGGCGGCAUAGGUCAUCUUCAUUUAGGUGGUUCGUCAGCUCUCCGGGAACGGUGGAGAGAGUCUUUAAGUAAGGAGUUCAGUACCACAGAGUUUUUGAAUGGAGAUAUAAUGGUUUUCGAUGAGGUUGUUGUAACUUACGACAGAUUAAAUGACUUGAGCCCAGUCCAACAUCUGGCUGUAGCGUUUUUACAAAUUGUGCAGGGGGUCCAGUUUAAAUUUUUACGGAUGCCUUUUGCAACAGCCGAUUCUAAAGAAAAGGAUGCUGUCAAUAUUCCGACAACCACGUUUGCUCAGUGGCAAAAAUCUUUGCUCGAGUGUAACUCUAUAUCUUCCUUAGCCCUAUUUUAUGCUACGCUUGAACCAGCUAUAUUAUGGAAUAAAAGUCUGUUGCAGGCCAAGUGUAAGGUUUGUCGCAAGCGAGGUGUGGUUGAUAAACUUAUUUUGUGUUCGAGGUGUGAUCGAUGCUACCAUAUGGACUGUUUGAGGCCACGAUUGUCAAGAAUUCGUGAGAACUGGAAGUGUACUGAUUGUGUUGCGAUUGAGAAAGCUAAAGUGGCUGAGGAGAAGCGUAAGAGGAAGUCUAAACAAGAUGAAUUUGAAACAUAUACUGAGGAGGAUGAAGACAAUCAGUCUACAGAUUCACUCCUCUUCGAUGACGAUGUUACGUCUACUGAAGAUCAAUCGAGUGAUUGUCUUGAGCUAAAAAGAACGCAGAAAGGACGCAUUGUUAAAAAGGUGGUUUACGCUGAAGACUCUUAUUCUGUUGGAAUAAGGAGUAAUAAGAAGUUGUGUAAGGGUAGGAUGUCAAAUGGCAAUACUGGUGGGAAUUCUCGUUUGAGCAUGGGUUUGCGUGAAAGUGACCAUCAAAAUCGAAAUGCUUUGCGGUUAAUGGAACACAUAAUCAGGGAAGCUAUGAAGCAAGAGAGUGCUUGGCCCUUCAUCGACCCUGUAGAUGCGAAAGAAGUACCUGAUUAUCAUCAGAUAAUAAAACGACCUAUGGACUUGAGAACUAUGAUGAACAAAAUAAAACAACAGCUGUACAACACGCCGGAAGAGGUGGUGUCAGAUACCCGACUUAUGUUUGAAAAUUGCAGGAUAUACAACAAAGAAGGCUCAAUUAUAUGUGGCGUAAGCACGAUUUCUUAUGCUGUUUAUUCAUUUUUUUUAGGAUGA